CCAUUCGAUGCCGCAGAAAAACUAGUACGCCGGAGGUACGUCCGACUAGUUUCAUCAAAGGGGAUUGUACAGAAUUUUCCGCCGCGAUCAUGAAGAUGCAGGGGUUAAGUCUGACGAGCGUGAAGAAGAACCCGGCCCUGCUCCCGCUGUAUUUCUGUAUAGUGCUGGGUGGCUGCGGCGCGUUUCUGUAUACCUUACGCUUGGCGACACGUAAUCCCGACGUUUCCUGGUUGAACAAGAAGGAGGCAGAGCCGUGGAACUACUACAAGGACAAGCAGUACAAGUUCUACGCGACAAAUGACGAUUACGCCAAAGCCAAAAGCCCAGCGCCUGAGUAUUGAGCUGCACUGUAUGAAAACUAGUACUUGUAGGAAUAAAUUGUUAUAUAAAAUGUUACCUCUUCUCAGCACUAUCUUCUUGAAGUAAUGCUAAUCGUUCAUGUAAUCUCGAAUGACAAGAGGGCAGCAAUCUUAAAUCAAUAAUAAUUCUGGAAGGAGUCCAUUACUUCGAAAUGUACUUUGAUGUAAUUUAAUGUACAUUAUGUAAUUUAAUUUUGAAGAGAAAGUUUGAUAUUUAAUAAAAGAGUCGCGUAAACGCGA